AACUGACUUGUAAUGAUCGAUGUUUCUGCCCGGAAGAUUAUCGGGUGACACAUGACAACAAAAAUACGGAAGAAGCGAGAAUCAGCUGACAUACAUCUGCAUUUUGUUGUGUCAAACUACGUGCAUUAUGGAGGACCAGGAGAUGCAACUGAAAGUGAGACGAGUUAGUGAUAAAUUCACGGAGAGCAUGUACGUGCUGGCUAACGAGCCGUCAGUGGCUUUGUACAGACUGCAGGAGCACGUCAGAAGGUCCCUGCCCGAACUGGUGCAACACAAGACUGACAUGCAGAGCUGGGAAGAGCAAAGUCAAGGAGCCAUCUACAGUGUAGAGUACGCAUGCAGUGCCGUGAAGAGCAUGACAAACAGCAGCUUGUAUUUCAAAAACAUUGACGGCCUCCUUCGUCAGGCCAUCAGCAUGAAGGAACAGAUAAGCAACUCUCAAGGACGCAGCUUACAUGAUGUCCCUCCACAUGCCCCACCCACUUCCUCAUGACCUCUGGACUGAGGUGUCCCAGGAAAAGGACGGUGGACUCAGGCAUGCUGAAGGAAGGGGGAGAGAAGCACAACUCUGGGAUGUGACGUGACUUCCUGAGUUGGAUGUGUUGCUUCUACAGUCUCUUGCUCCACUACCUUUCUGAUUGAGGCUGAAAGUGGGGUCAGAAGGCCGACAAUGGAGUGACUGCCUCCAGUGACCCCCCCCCCCCCCCCCAGUACAAGCCGCUCAGUGGAACAGAGCACCACAUCGCUGCCAGAUUCAGAAUUAAAAACACUUAAGUCAUGGACGCUGCUCAAAGAAUGCAUUGUUCUCGUGGACUCGCGGGACAAACCAGAGAGAAAGCAACCGUGCUGGUUUUGCCCCUGCUGUUGAAAACCCACUGGACAGCCGAGUGCCCAGUUUUCUAGUCUUUGGGAAUUUGUUGUCAGAAACUACAACGUCCCAUGCAUGUAAAUUAUAAAAGCUAAACUCACUUGGCGCAAGGAAACCCUGCUACAAGGCAAAUCAGGUGCCCAGUCCUAAACUUUAUUUAAGGAUUAAAUAUAUAACCUGCGAGAUUGGGCAACAUGUUUUAACAAAUAAUCUUUAAAUAAAUAACUACAAUAACA